AUGAUUAUUUUAAUUUAUGGAAAUAUCAUAUUAAUUAAUCGAGAAGGAAAUACACUUGAUCAUGUAUCAUAUGAUUGCAGUAGUAAUUCAGAAUGGGGCCUAUGGCGUUGUCCUGGUUCGAGAACGAAAUGUACUGCUAAAAUGGCUACGCGUUAUAAAUGUAUCGGUGGAAGUUGUACAGAAAAUAGCCCAUGUGCUAAACUUAAAAACCAUGCUCAAUCAGAUUCAUGCGUAAAAGUUCUUAGACGUGGUGAAUGUGAACCUUGGUGGACCAACUGGUCACCCUGGUCUCAAUGUACAGAAACCUGUGGAGUCGCUGAGAAAUAUCGUGUUCGUUUUUGUACAGGGGCAUUCAAUUAUAAAAGUUAUAAAUAUAAAGUAAAAAAAUCAAUUUCACAAUCGUGUGCAUCUAUUGAAAGAAUCCAUGAAAGGAUUCAAAAAGUUCCUUGUCCAGUAAGUCGUUUAUGUUCCGUUGUUAAUGGUGGUUGGGGGCGAUGGAGUGAAUUCAGUGAAUGUUCUGUUACAUGUGGUGAAGGAAAACGUAUUCGUCGUCGUCACUGUACUCAUCCUCGACCACAAGGAGGUGGAUUAUACUGUCAAGGUACUGAUUAUCAAGAGGUAUUAUGUGAAGGUCAUUUACCGUGUCCACGGAUGGGACAAUGGUGCUCUUGGUCGCCGGUUACAAAACAGUGUACACGUCAUUGUGGAAAACGUGGGAUGGGAUUAAGAAUACGUCAGUGUGCUUGCCCGAAACCUUCACAAGAUGGUGCCCAUUGUGAAAUACCACCAGAAGCGGCAGAAAUGGCAGCCAAUUUAUCAACUAUUACCAGUGUUGACGCUCCAACGGGAUCAGCACUUACCGCAAUUAUGAAAGGUGAAGCAUUAUGGGAACCAUGCAAUCGCCAUCAUUGCCCAUAUAGGAGAACACUAAGCACUGAAGAGGAUUCAUUAAUUUUAGGAGACUUGAAUCUUCAGAGAGCAGCGGAUACUUGGAAAUUAUCAGGCGGUCUGGCGCAGCGAAUCCACAGUACAUUAAAACUUUUCUGUCCAUCAUCACUUACUUCUCGAAUGGAGAUAUUCGAUAAAUCUGAUCGUUUUCCAAAAUCCAAAUCUUACUGGACUCGUUCAAUUCCUAAAAAUUCUAAAGAGCCUUACGAUACUCCAGGAGAACCAAUAGUAAACUCAAAUCUGUAUAUUGUUGAAGAUGAUCAUUUAACUAUUCAUCGUUUACAACCAUCGACCAUGGGAAUUUAUCGAUUUGGUUACGAAUAUGAACCUGGCUAUUUUGAAACAGUUUGCUUCUUCCCAGUUUAUAUUCAUCAAUGGAAACAAGUGUUACCCCAUGGAGUACAAUUCGAUUUAUUUUGCAAUGCUUUGGGAUUAUGGCCUAUAAUAAGCAAAUCUACAACAAGAUGGUUUGUUUACUGGAAUGUAACUUUAUUCGAAAAAGGAGAACAGAUGAACAUAAACAAGAAUGAAUUAUGGUGGUAUACAGAAGUGAAAAAUCCACAUGUUAGCAAACAAGAAGAAGAUAAUAAGAAUGACAAGGAAGAUGUAAAUCCAACAAAUGUAAGUACACAGUUCACAUUAUGGGAUACAGAAUAUAGAAGAUUAUAUGAGACUGUGGAAACAAUGACAGGGUACUAUGAAUGUCGAAUACUGAAUAAAAUCAAUUCUACAUAUAAUCGGACAUUUAUUACGCAAUCAAUUCACCUGGUAAUAAAACCACCUCCAAGUAUCUGGACUUUAUUUAAAGAAUGGUGUUCACAGUAUCAAAUAAGUUUACUGGUAUUAUAUUUGCUAGCAAUGAUAACAAGUCUACUAUAUGCAACUUAUUUAUGGGUACUAACAGAGAAUUUAACCAAAGAAGAAAUUCAAAUGAUUGGCAUGGACAGACCUGAACAAAAUGAAAAUUUUAAUGAUGCUUAUGUUAUCAACUAGUUUUUAACAAUUU